AUGGCGCGGGAUACAGUGAUUCGUACUUCACAUUGGCGAUUCAGUUCCUUUCUCCUUCUCGGUGCAAAGGAUCCCCAAUCCACAAUCUCAAUCCUCUUCUCGGAAAAUAUAAAGCUUGAAGCCAUGCCAAAAUUACCCGAUAUACUGCUUCACCUGCGUCGUUCCCAUGGUGACGGAGCUGAUACUCGCAACGACUUCGAUCUCUGUGGUGUGAAAGUGAAAUUCAAAGAUCUCUGUCUUCUCUCUGAUGAUCUCUUCAAGCACCUUCACGUCAAAUUUGAACUUUUUUUCUCCACUUUGCGGGAUCUUUCUGAAAGUGGGUCUCGUCAAGUGCCCGAAUUGCAUUCGAAAUUGUGGGAAAUUGUUCAAGACCUAACGUUGGUUCUCAGGUCCUGUCUCAUUAUUUUGACAUUGCUCGAGUCUGCACAGCAGUCCCUGCUUAAAAAGUGCCGCUAUAUCUGUCAGAUGUUGAAUAUUUUUUAUUCCAUUGAGGUGAAUGAGAGAAAUGGAAGAACCCAAAUUACAUUUGAGAAUAUGGGCUCCCGUGAAUUCAGUGCAAGCAGUGCUGAACUUUCCACACCUGCUUCUUUCGAGCUAAAUGAUCCUUGCCGUCCAUUUCUAUGUUCAGUGCUGGAGGCAUUCGCGGAUGAGUGUUUAAAGCAUCCAUCUUUAAGGAAGUACAUUAUGUACAUGGAAUCAUCUUCUUCGAUCAGAGAAAAGGAUUCAACAUUUCACUUGAACCAUGGUUAUAUUGCGAGUGUCCUAGAGAUAACAUCUGCCCAUUUUAUGCUGUCAGUUACUGAUGAGCAAGCACUUGAGAAGUUCAUCGGCAGAUUACUUCUGCCUUGUGGCAAGGAUUCAAGAGAUAUUGAACUAAGUUUAGAAGCUUCCAUAUCAUUGCUGCUCAACCCUAUUUUGCUUUCUGCACCAAAGAUGUUCCAGGCACAUGUAAUUUCAUUAGUUUCUGAGGCCAUUGGUCAUGGCUUAUCUUCUCAGAACUUGGUUGCGGAUAGCCUUGUGGACUGCUACCUUACAGCAUUUGAAAGAUCAGUCAUUCUGUACUCAAUGCAUGCUUCUAGUUUGCAAACGGAUGGUUAUUGCAUAGGAUUCAAAUGUUCUAAUCAUUCUUAUCUACUUGGAAGAAGCCAGAUAAAAUUUGAAACCUACAUUCAGCAAGUCACAAAGAACAAACUAGAUGAUCUUGUAUCAAAACUGGAUGGUUCGUGGGAUUCUUAUCACUGCAAAAUGUCAUCCAAAACGGAAGCCAACCGUUUGACUGAAUAUGUUGCUUAUAUGAAAGAAAGCCAACAUAUAUUUCCUGAUUCAUGCAGGAACACAAUUUUCUCCAUCUUAGAAUGCAUUAUUCGUAGAACUUUCUCCGAAAAUGCUGCUGGGGAUGAAUUCUAUACAAAGAAAAUUGCUGGUGCUCAGGAUAUAUGCCUUCUCACAUCAAUAUUGAGGUUAAUGAGCAUAUCACUAAUUCAAGCCACUCGGUGCCUAAGUAAUGGUGGUAAUUCAGGUUGCCUGAAGACUUUGGAAAAUGCCUCUUUGCCGGAAAGAUAUGAUUUCUUGAUCAGCACUGUUAGCUGUUUCCAACAGGGUGAUAUAUGUUUACCCAUUCAAAACAUGUUGUCUGAUGUGAUGAAGAGUCACCGUGCAAGGCCUGAACACUCCAAGUCAAUAUUUCACUUUUCGGGCUUGUUAUCUUCAAGUUUAAUUCAUGGAUUUGAUAUCUUGGCAAAGGCAUGCAUAUCUGUAAUUACGGCACUGAUGUAUCUAUUCAUAUUUGUAGAGGGGGAUUUAGUAGCUUUAGGAUCAUUGAAGGAUCUACCAUUGCCAUCAGAAAUGCCAGUGGUUAAAGCUAGAGAGGAUGCUGUACACAAAACUAGCUACAAAGUUGCAUCAGAGUUUCAUAAAAUUUGGGCACGUCAUUCCAGAAUGAACGCCCCAUCAAGCUUCCAACAAGGAAUCCGAGAGACUGAAGCAGAGAGUACAUGGACAGUGCCAGUUCUUGAUCCUUUCUCCUUUGACAUAGAAGAGGAAACAUGUAAUGGUGAGAUGUUCCUUGAAUGCAUUCUUGAAAAAUCCAGAACAUCUGAUUAUGCUGAUCUAGUGGACUUCGUUGAGUGCAAGAGAGGGAAAGACUAUCAUGGCUGGUUGAAGAACCGAGAGAAAUACCGAAGAUGGAAACGUCACAAAGUGGAUAAUACGAGGAAGAAGAGCAAGAAAAAGUUGUGGAAGGUUCUUAAGUGUUCGAAGACAUCACUUCCAAGGAAAAGAUGAAACGCCAGAAGGGGUGAAAUAUAUGGUACAUAAUCUGUGCUUCCAUGCUUCUUGUACAUGUCUACUAGUAGCCUCCUUUGCCUC